AUGAAUUUCAGAACCAACAAGCUGAUUCUUUUCAUCACCAUUUUCUUCUCAUCGCCUAAUUAUUACCUCAUACGAGCAACCGAACUCCGUUCGCACGACAUUAAUAACUUCACGUCCAAAGUUUCGCCGGCCGAAAAAUUCACCGUGUUCAUAUUUAACUCUCUCCCGGAGGAGGACUCGACGCUUUAUGUGGAGUGCGCUUCGAAAGAUAACUAUCUCGGGACUCAAACUCUUCUACCGGGACAGUAUUUUCACUUCAAGUUCCGCGUGAACCUGUUUAGAACGACGUUGUUUCACUGUCGGUACGUAACAGAAGGCAGGCAGAUAAGUCAUGAUGUUUUCAAUAAGGGGCUUGGUGGCUCUUGUGAAACUCGGGACCCUGAAAUUGGUAACAAGUGUGUUUGGUUAGUCGUGGACGAUGGCUUCUAUCUAGGGAAUAAUUUUCCUCCAGCUCCGUUCAGAAAGGUGUAUGACUGGUGA